CUGAAUGAGAGCGGCCGGGAGCGGGGGGAACAAGGAUUCCUGUAGGAGCUGUUAAUCCAUUUCACACAGGCAGAUACUUUUAAUUUAUGACGGGUUUAUAGGAGUCAGUAGCAAGGCCAUAUUGCCAAUCCCCUGUUGCCUGUUGAGAAAUUGAUGGUGGGUUUCGUUCUUGAACCGCUGCAGCCCGUGUGGUGUAGGGGCUUCCACAAAACAGGGUAUUAGAAGGGAACGAAGGCAGUCGGGAAAUUCAAACCCAACAUCACAUCAGGAUCUAACAGAAUUGCUCAAUUUAUCGUAACCUGAAUAUUGUUGGAUUUUGAACAUGGAAGGAAAAAGCACCAUUCACAGUUGGGAGAAACCGUACACGUGUUGUAUGUGUGGACGAGGCUUCAACCGAUCAUCUGACCUAUCGAGACACAAGCGCAGUCACACUGAGGAGAAACCGUGUAAAUGUGGGGACUGUGGGAAAGGAUUCAAUUUUCCAGUUCAGCUGGAAUCUCAUCGGCGCAGUCACACUGGGGAGAAGCCGUUCACCUGCUCCGAGUGUGGGAAGGGAUUCACUCUGUCAUGCAACCUGUUGGCUCACCAGCGAGUUCACACUGAUGAGAAACCUUUUAAAUGCCCAGACUGCGGGAAAUGCUAUAAAAGUUCUGGGGAACUGAUGCGCCAUCAACGUAUUCACACUGAUGAGAGACCAUUCAGGUGCUCUCGGUGCCAUACUGGGUUCAGGCAAUUAUCUGACCUCACUGUACACCAGCGAAUUCACACUGGGGAGAGGCCAUUCACCUGCUCCCAGUGUGGGAAGGGAUUCACUCAGUUAGCCAACCUGCUGACACACCAGCGCAUUCACACUGGUGAGAGGCCAUUCACCUGCUCCUUAUGUGGAAAGGGAUUCACCACAUUAUCUAACCAGCAGGAGCACCAGCGAGUUCACACUGGGGAGAGGCCAUUCACCUGCAGCGUGUGUCAGAAAGGAUUUGCUCAUUCAUCCACCCUCUUGAGACAUCAGCAAGUUCACAAAGAUGCAUGAGAACACCACCAUUUUGAAGUUCCCCUCCAAGCUACACACCAUCCUGAUUUGGAACUAUAUUGCCGUUCCUUCACUGUCACUGUGUCAA